AGUGCUAACUGCUGUCUGCUAGUCUUGAAUCUUGACGCGAGUGAUGCAAGGUGUUGGAUGCUGAUUUUAGCGUCCGAUGUUUAUAAUUUUUAAGUGCAAGUGUACUCAUUUACCGUUUUCGUUUACAAACUCGUCUUUUGCUUGAAAAUGUAAUUUUAAUUUCGUUUAAAUAAACAACGCACAAAAUGGACAUGAAAGUUGAUCGUGGGUGUAAGUGACUGGUGCAGUGUAGUUUUUUUUUUAUUCCAGCUUUCGUUCGAGCUUUAUUUUAUUUUAAUUUAGUGUCAUGACGCUGCAAAGCCGCCGCGACCAGUCUCACAAUUGUGAUAGACGUUCCUCUAGAUAAUUACGUCAAUUAACCAAAUUAUAUAUCUACCAAAGUUAGGAUAAGAUGUCACAACCGAUAUACAGUCAGGUCGCACCGAAACAGAUAAAGAAAAAACCGAAGCCCCGGGACUUUGAUCCCUUAAAUUACAAUCAUGGAGGAAAUGUUCAAAUUCUAAAUGCGUCGCAGGAGAGUAGACUGGAGAAGAUGGAGAAAAGGGAGGGGAGGAGAAAAGAAGAGACUAGGAGGAGAACGCAAAGGGAUCCGACCGAGGGAAAGGUGGAGGCAUAUUUACGUCAGAAUCAAGUCAGUAUACGACAACAACAGCAUCGGCAUUCCGCUGUGCGGCAGGCGGAACAUAGAGUUAACUUGAGAUCACUACCUCUCAACGAAGUGACCACUCGCGGACACGAUCGAACGCCGACUGACAGACAUCGUGGCUUUAUUGAUAGGAGAGAACGAGAUAGGGACAAGGAGAAAGAUCGGGAUUUUGAUUUUGAUGGUGGUACACCGCUAAGCCCGAUAGCACCACGGGCGGAGAAAGAUUCUAGUCGUCCCGUUCGCAAGUCCUCAUCAUCACAGCGUGUGAGCGAGACAUCUAUAUCGACAGACAAAAGACGUUUCUUCUGUAGGGAGUGGGUUUUUCAGAAGAUCGCGUAUUGCCUGGAACAAAGGGCAGUUAGCAAGACAUGUGGAGCAUUGAUUCUAGGUGACGCCGGAAGCGGAAAGACGGCGUUAUGUCAAGAGUUAAGUCAGCCAGGUCCAGGGCCGCAGGCAAGGCAACAACGCGCAUUGAAUAGGAGGCUUUUGGCUCGACAUUUUUUACAGGCACCUGGUGAAGAAAUACAGCGCCCUGGCGAAUUUGUUCGUUCACUUGCCAUGCAAAUACUCAGUCAUUCGUCACACGCGAAACAAUCCGAUAGAGAUCAGUCACCUAAAGAUGAUCAGCGUAUGUUAAAUAACAGGCACAAUUCAGAAGAAAAUUUAAUACAAAGAUUUCGAGAGAUGGGCGAAGACACUGAGGAUAGUUCUAAACCACUUUUGGGGGAUAGUGAAGAUCGAACUGACGACGAUGAUGUGGGCAGCAGUCGAAGAAAUAAGACCAUAGAUAGAUUGCACGAGCAAGACUCUUAUAUGGAUUGUAUGGCGGAUGGAAAUGAUGUACCAGAAGUUUUACCGAAAUCAAACAUAAAACCAACGAACCCGUUCCACGACGACGACUUUCGUCUGUACGCGAACCACGAAAACGUGUUUCUAAGGAAUAUAUCGCAGAGACAGUCGAAGGAGUCACGCAAUUCUCGCCUGUUACGCCAAAGUUCCGAGCCGUUGAACGAGAAGAAACCAACGCUACUUCAAAAGAGCCUGUCUACGGAUACCGAAGAGAAGAAACCGGAUUCGCCACCGAAAUCGAGGAUACCGGUCGCGAAUUUCCGUUAUCCGAAUAAAACGGAUCUGAAACCGGAGUCGCCGAAGAAGACGGAAGAAUUGCCGGAGUAUACUAAUUUAGUGCACCCCGUUAAGGAUGAUCCGCAGACGGAUUUGGAGAAGUUGUUAGAGAAAAAGCGUUCACAAGCAGAAGAAGCUCCGCCCCCAAUUCCCACACUACCAAUAAGUCCGCGGACGUUAAUAUCGAACGCCUAUUACGACAAACUGCUGUCGGACUGUGAGAUUCAACAGGCGUUGUUGCCUCAGAAUUUAGAGAAAAAUCCAGAUGAGUGCUUCAAAAAGGCUAUACUAUUUCCGUUGCUGGAAAUUGACCCUCCAAAGCAGUGUUUGUUUUUACUGGUGGACGGUAUCGAUGAAGGGGGUAAUGGAAAAUCGGAAAAUGAAUGUAGCGUAGGGGCAUUAUUAUCGCGACACCAACACUUGUUGCCACAUUGGCUCUUAUUAGUCGCCACUGCGAGACGACACUCUCGGCAUCUCACUAAGAUGUUCACAGGUUUUCGCAAGAUAACUUUAGAUGAACUUCAGCGUGCACACGUCUCCGCCGACGUACAACGUUACGUGCUCGCGCGACUGGACAGCGAGCCAAGACUACGAAGCCGCGUGUCAAGUGAUUCAACGGCAGCAGCCGCAGCAGCGGCGGCUCUAGACCACCUCAGAAUUAAGAGUGACGGUUGCCUAUUGUACUUGGAAAAGGUACUAGAUGGCGUUGCUGACGGUUUUAUAGCUUUGCGCGAAAUAAGGGAAAUUCCAGGAACUCUAAAUGGAUUGUAUCUAUGGCUCGCGCAGAGAUUGUUUCACGGUCGGAGGUUUACUAAGGUACGAAUGCUUCUUGAUGUGUUAUUAGCAGCACGUUGCGGCGUAACGGAAGAGAUGUUAUACAAAUGUCUUCUUACAAAGGAGUAUAGUGUCACAAGAGAGGACUUCAAUCGAAGGCUGCAUCUCUUGCGACGAAUCCUAGUAAUGGAGCGUGCAACGGGCUAUUUAUCAAUAUUUCAUCAUUCGUUCGCGUCGUGGCUGUUGGAUGUAAAGCAUUGCACGCGACGUUACUUGUGCUGCGUCGCGGACGGACAUGCGGCAGUCGCUAUGUAUUAUACGCUUCUUGCCAAAAGACUGACCGCCCUUGAAAUUCACAAUUAUGUCUAUCAUAUGACCUACCUCGAACAACAUUUAUCGUCACAAAAGAAAAAUAGGAACAACGAAGAUGAUGUACUAAACCUUCACACUCUAAUAUUGCUGUGGAUUCUGGAUUCUGGCUGUGAUGUGGAACUUGCUUUGAAGAGAGAGACAGAUCUAGUUCGGGAGAUGGAGACGGAUGUACAGAAUGAUUCGAAGGCAGAAGAUAAAGAUUUAGAUCCAGAAUCUGAAAGCAAGGAAUCUGUGUCAAUGGAACCAUCCACCCUAGAAAGCAUAAUGCCUGAACUGGUGAAUGGAGAGAUGACGACUCCAUGGCCGAGGGACAGAAGGGUUCUACGAGCUUUGUUGGAACUGAGCCGGGCUGACUCGGUGCCCACAGAACCAGAAGUCGAUGAAUUAAAUGAUUUGAUGUCAACAGACCAAGUCGAAAGUGAGGACGUAAAUGACGCAACGGGAGAUGAGCAAGACGAAACAUUGUUACUAGACCCCAGCACAGUACACGAGUUGGCUACUAAGGGUGAUGAUGAAACGCUGUCUGCACUUUUAAAGCGAUGCCCACAACUAGCAGACACUCGCGAUAGUUCGGGAAGUUCAGCUCUGCAUUCGGCAGCGCGUAAUGGCCGAGCCGUUUGUGCUGCCCUGCUACUGCAGGCUGGAGCCUCUCCAUCCGCUGCUGAUGCAGAUGGCUGGAGUGUGCUAAGAGCCGCUGCUUGGGCGGGACAUAGCGAGGUAGUCGAUGUUUUAUUAGAACACGGCUGUGAUGUGGAUUGUGUGGAUGCUGAUAAUAGAACUGCUUUGCGUGCUGCAGCAUGGUCAGGACAUGAAGCAGUAGUCGCUCGUCUUUUAGUCGGCGGUGCGGCGCCGGACAGAGCGGAUGCGUCCGGUCGAACAGCGCUUAUGGCUGCAGCAUAUAUGGGCCAUGCAGAUAUAGUAAAAAUGCUGUUGGAUGCUGGUGCCGAUCCUAAUAGACCUGAUGAGGAUGGUAGAACAUCUCUAGCGGUAGCGGCAUUGUGUGGUACAGGGGCCUCUUGUGCAGCGUUGCUUAUAGAACGGGGCGCAGACGUCAAUACGCCCGAUAGAGAUAAGGCCACGCCCCUUUUGGUCGCUGCUUUUGAGGGACACACGGAAAUCUGCGAAGUACUUCUCGAAGCGGAAUCGGAUAUAGAAGCCACAGACUGUGCGGGCCGCACUGCGUUAUGGGCAGCUGCCUCAGCGGGACACGCGGAGACCGUACGGCUUUUGCUGUUCUGGGGUGCCUGUGUUGAUAAUAUGGAUAACGAGGGAAGGACAGUUCUGAGUACUGCCGCUGCACAGGGUAAUGUGGAAGUUGUCCGUCAGUUGCUAGACAGAGGUUUGGAUGAACAUCACAGAGACAAUUCUGGCUGGACACCUCUGCACUAUGCUGCUUUUGAAGGUCACAUAGAAGUCUGUGAAGCCCUACUUGAAGCUGGCGCAAAAGUGGACGAAGCAGAUAACGAAGGCAAAGGUCCUCUACUGCUGGCUGCGCAAGAAGGCCACUUAGACCUGGUGAAGCUGCUAAUAGACAAGGGUGGGGCACCAGUAGACCAAAGAGCUCACGAUGGAAAGACUGCGCUCAGACUAGCAGCUCUCGAAGGCCAAUUCGAGGCAGUCGCGUGCCUUCUUUCGCGUGGGGCGGACGUGGACGCAGUUGAUGCGGACAGACGUAGUACAUUGUACGUACUCGCUUUGGAUAACCGAUUGGCCAUGGCGCGACAAUUAUUGGCCGCUGGGGCUAGCGUUCACUGCAGUGACACAGAGGGUCGCACACCAUUACACGUAUCAGCAUGGCAGGGGCACACAGAGAUGGUUAAUCUGCUCGUCAAAGUUGGUGGCGCUGAAGUAGACGGCCGUGAUCGUUGUGCCAGAACGGCUUUGCACGCAGCCGCUUGGAGAGGACGCACGGCCGCGUUACGUGCACUACUCAAGCAUGGGGCGUCACCCGCAGCUGUAUGUACUCAGGGCGCCACGCCCCUCGGUAUUGCAGCUCAAGAAGGCCACGAAGAAUGUGUGAUGUGGUUAUUACAGCAUGGUGCUGAUCCAUUGCAAGCCGAUCACUGCGGUCGUACACCCGCCAAAGUAGCGUGGCGCGCGGGCCACGGUAACAUUUGUCGUCUUCUCGAGAAAUGGACUGCGCCCUCUGCGCCUACGCAAAUACAUGACGACGAUUUAUUAGCACCGUUGAGAACAGCAUCUCCAGACUACAAACGUCGCAGCGUACACAGUUCCAACUCAACCAAGUCUUCAUCGAAUCUCACUGGAGGAUCGAACAGGUCUCACGAACAUGAAGAUCACACGGUGGAGAAGAGCCGGACAAAUUCGUCUCUAACGUUCGCUCAACAAGUGGCACGAUGCGGUUGGGGAAGGCGUGAUUUGGACAGAGAUGAACCGAUACCAGAACAUCACGUUGUUGAAAAUGAUCCUAAGUUGAGGAGUUACCAAGCCAACGAGCGUGACGUGACUCUACGUGGGGGCGUGUCACGGUCUCGCGGUAGGGAGAUGCGUCACGGUGAUACUUCGCCGUUAUACGCUUCGCCACCACACUCGCCACAGAGGGAUAGAGAUGAUAGUUCCCAACCGCCAAGUCUGACGUCACAGCCUCUAGUGACAGAUACGCACUUCAACAGGGACACUCAUAUGCGAAUUAUUUUGGGCCGAGAAAACAAACCCGAUAGAAAUGAGAGCGUGGUGUUUUUGGCGUCGAGGCUUGCGUACAACAAGUUUGUAGGCGGACUCGGCAAAGCGAGAGGGAAGAUAUUUAAGAAAACCAAAAACAAAAGGAAUGGUAUAGUAACUAAUCCGGCAAUGAGAUUGGUAGCCAAUGUGAGAAAUGGUUUAGAUAAUGCGGCAGCGAAUAUUCGUCGAACUGGUGUGGCGUUAGCUGCAAGCGCCAGUUCAUCAAACCCAGCUGUUAAAAGCAACGCUUUUCAAUGGAGAAAGGAAACGCCGCUUUAGAUACGAAUUUCGUUACAAAUAUUUACGAAUGUUUGUUCAAACAUGUAUUGUUUACGAUAUGUUAAUCGUGUUUCUGAUUAUUCCGUUAUAUAGAUGCUUUCAAAUUAUCUAUAAAAACAAAAUUAAGUAUAUUAACAGUCAAUACAGAUUGAAAAAAUCCACUGUCAAUAGUGACGAUUUCUAAUAUUUAAGAACCAUUAAUAAAUUCCCUGCAAAAUAUAUUUUUUUGUCUACCAAUGUUCGCCUACUGGUUAGACUGUUAUUAAACAAAAAAGGGAAAUACAGUCUAAAGAUAAAGUAAGUAUUAUUUCCUUAAUUUUCCAGAUUUAUCACAAGCUGGUCAUGCAAAAGAAGUAAUUUCUUAAAUUAAAAUCUAUAAGCAAAUAAUUAUUAUUCAGGUACCUCAUAGUUUAAAUUAAGCGACCGAAAACAAAAAAUAUGCUUACUCUAACAUAGUAUUAAGCGCAUAAAUUAGAAUGAGAGGGCCUGAUUGCUUUAAAUAUUUAUGCACAGUUAAAAGACGUGUAUUUAAACGCAUUUAUAUUAAAAACUAAAAAAAUUUAGAAAAAACCUUUCAAAAUAAUAAUUAAGAAUACAAAUACUGAAAUGAAUAAAAGAUCUUCAUUCUAUAAACCCUAUUGGGGUUCCUUUUUCACACUAUAUUUUCUUUUCCUUUCUACCUUACUUCAAGUAUUAAACCGUUCAUCCCAUCUUAUGGUCCUUCGAAGCGGAAUAUAUUUUUAUAUCAAGAUUCUAACUUAGGACCUCCUUCCAAAUACUUAUUAAUAUCAAAACUAAUGAAAUUUUAAAACGACUGUAUGACUAACUGUAAGACGUGUACCUGUCUAUGGCCCCAAAAUUAAAAAAAAAAUAUUUGGAUGUGAUACAGAAAUCGAUAUAAAAAUUACAGCUGUUUUUAUUAGAACACGCUGUGCUGAAUAACUACGUGUGUUUUUUGUAGAAAGCAAUAUAUUAUAUAGAAUGUAUUUAAAAUAUCUAUUUGAUUUUUUAAAGUACAAACUAACAGUUUAGUAUUUCAAUGAAAAUACUUUUCCCCGUAAUUUCCUAAUCAAACAUUUUUUCUCUAUUAGUUGUUAAAUUUCCUAUGUUUUAAAUAUAUUCUGUAUACGUUAAAAUAUAUAUUUAGAAAAUAUAUAAAUUAGAUGAUCUUAAUAAGCUUUAUUUAAAAUUAAAAUGCCCAACCGACAAGAGUCAGAAGUCCCGUCAUCACAUUGGGUUAAGGUAUUUCUUGUCUUCUUAUAUUCUUCAUUCUUCUCUUAAUCAGCCGGUACUCUGUAACUUCUAAUAGUAUAGAGGGUAAAGUUGUUCUCAAUUUCUAUAUAGAUUUUUCUAUAUCCGUUACACUGAUUUCGAAAUUUUCAGAUAGCUUAAUACUAAUAUGCAGAUUGCUAUUUGGGGUUAGAGUACUGGUUCUGGAUCCAGAAUGGGCAAAGUUAUUUUUUUAGGGAAUUGCUCAUGAAUAAAUGUGCGUGUUCCCUCUUUAUUCCUGUAAUUGGCACUAAGAUAUUUUUAAGCUAACUGAAAGAGGCAAAUUUUUUUUUAUUGUAUAAAGAUCUCAAAUUUGAACAAUUUUUUUGUAAUCGCAUUUAAGUAAACGCUAUGUCAUCUAUAAUUAUAUAAUUCAUAAAGUUUUAUAGAUUUUUAAUAGUUGUCUUAAAACUAACUGAAAUGCACGAAUAAAAUGAAGUAUUGCGAUUAGUGCUUGUAACAUACUGUCAAUAAUUACCAAACUUUAUGAAGAUGGUCAUAGUUGGUCGUAACUAUAGUUUAAUGUAAAAUUAUGAAUGCCUAGUCGUUAAUUGCGUAGGUGCCUAUUUCUGAGCGAAGGCAGAUUUUUAAAUUUUUGAUACAUCGAAGGUUUGGGCUUGUCUGCUUAAUUAUUAAAAAAAAUCCUUAUAUGAUUCUAAAAAUUAUUUAAUCUAACAAAAAUAUUACGAAUCCAGGCGCUGAUACCAUCUUAAGUAAAAUUGUUGUGAAGUGUGUAGUAGUAAUCAAAGUAUUUAAAAAUCUGCCUUAAUGUAGUGUUAUCAUAUAUUUGGAAAUAAUUGCCAGUGUAAAAAAAUAUUUUCCUUUUCGCAAAAACAUUAUUUUUAUAACGCAUUUUUUUUAACUAGAAUUUUUGGACUGGCGGUUAUUUCCUAGCUAAUACAUAUAAGUAGGUUAUAAAAUUGGUAACACCAACGAUGUUGAAAUAUUUUUGUGUGACAAAUGUAUAAAAUAUACGUAAUAUAAAGCCUAAGUAAAGCCUUAACACAUUUUCAGUUAUUAUAUAUUUUUUAAUACGGAAUUAACCAAAAAUCGUAAUGGACUGAGCAAUUUCGACUGACUUUGGUAACUUGUAUUUUUUCACUUACUAUCAUUACCUCCGGGAAAGAGACAGCACAUGUAACAUAUAGGUUGCCCUGACAGAUUGACUGAUCUUCGAUAUAUACAGGAAAUAAUAACUAAAUUGAAAUUAUUUAAAUAAAGAACAGCUUGUUAGGUCGAGUUCAUUAACCUCAACGUCAAUGACCUCAUAUUUUAUUCUAGUAGGUAUAAUAAUAUUUUUGUUAUAUUACGUAAAAAGACAAAAACGAACGAAAAAAAUACACUAACCAUUUUAACUGAACUUUGAGAACGCCACUCAUUUUGUUUGAAAACAAAACUAUUCGAAAGAGUUUUUGCUCAGUCCAUUCUUAGUUUGGUUUAAAGUUAACGCUUUAAUGAUUAGAAAUAUCCGAGUCACAAUUGUAUACAUAUUCCUAAAAUUUAAUAAGACUAUUAGUAUCUUAAUUUUUUGUAUUAUAUAUAUUUUUGUAUAUUUUUUAUUUAAUUGUGUUUACAUUCUGUAUAAAAAAUCGAUUAUGAAACAAGUGUAUAUUUUUAUUGUGUCAAAUUAAUGCCAAAUAAUCUUUUUUUGGGUCGUUAAGGUAAAGUAAAUGUAAGAAUUUUCGAAAAUUCUCAAUGGGUAGUCGUAGGAAUGGAGGGUGCGUGGUUUUGAAGUGCUUUUUGCGUCGAAUCUUUUAGUAUUAUCUUAUGUAAGGUGAAAAUCGUAUCGAGAUCUUUGUUAAAAAUUCAUGAUUUCAAAAUGUCGUUUUUUUAUUAAAAAUUGUAAGAGACAAGUGAUAAACUAUGUAAAAGCAUGUACGGUAAUACAGAUGCGUCAAAUGCUAUAUUUUGUCGUUGUGUAUGUAAUAAUUAAAACAUAAAUAUAACACUUGAGUAAUAUGUUCUUAUUCGGUUAGCAAAAUCAAUGAAUAACUGAAUACAUAUUAUACGUUAUGGUUUCAUAAAAGUAGUACAAAACUCUCAUAAAUGUUCGUAUUAUUUGAAACUAUUGCCAUGUUAACGCCUAUUUUGUAAUUUAUUUAUAUAAUUUUGUAUGUUUGUGUGUGAAAAUUGUGAUUUAGAAUAAAGAAUGUAGCUGGUGCCGUGGUAUAUGACGUUGUGAAAAUAUAUUGAAAUAUACGUAUUAUUUCCCUU